CGGCGGGCGGGCGCAAGGCGGGCGGGCCGGGCCCGGGAGCGCGGCCCUCGCUGGGCAGAGGGCGCAGCAGUGGCAAAGGGCCCCCUCAACCACCAAUUCCCUUUCAAGGCAUAUACGCAAACAUGCGAAUGGUUCACAUACUCACAUCCGUUGUCGGAUCAAAAUGUGAAGUACAGGUGAAAAACGGAAGUAUAUAUGAAGGAGUUUUUAAAACUUACAGCUCUAAGUGUGAUUUAGUGCUCGACGCGGCUCAUCAGAAAACGGCAGAAUCUAGUCUGGGUCCCAAACAAGAAGACAUCAUCGAGAGCAUUCUGUUCAAGUCUUCAGAUUUUGUGAUGGUGCACUUUAAGGACAUGGACUCCAGCUACGCCCAGAGAGAUGCCUUCACGGAUUCUGCCAUCAGUGCGAAAGUGAAUGGUGAGCACAAGGAGAAGGACCUGGAGCCUUGGGACGGAGGAGAAGGCGCCACUGCAGAUGACCUGGAAGCCUUAGAGACGGAUGUUUCCAAUGGAUGGGAUCCCAAUGACAUGUUUCGCUACAACGAAGAAAACUACGGGGUGGUGUCGACGUACGACAGCAGUUUGGCUUCCUACACGGUACCCCUGGAAAGAGAUAAUUCAGAAGAUUAUUUAAAACGGGAAGCAAGAGCGACCCAGUUAGCAGAAGAAAUCGAAUCCAGCGCCCAGUACAAGGCUCGGGCCGCUUUGGAGAAUGAUGACCGGUCCGAAGAAGAAAAAUACACCGCGGUUCAGCGAAAUGCUUCCGAGCGAGAAGGAUCCCUGGCAGCCCCCAGGGAGAACAAGUACAUCCCCCCCAGCCAGCGGAAUCGAGAGGCCCUUCCUUGGGGGGCCGGAAGGCAAAACUCGCCAAGGGCUGGCCCGUCUGGAUCGGGCCCUUCCAUGUCCAGACCCGGCGGCUCUCACUCGUCCGACUACAGCCUCAACUCAGGCCCUGACCAGAGAAUUGUGAACGGAGGUGUUCCCUGGCCAUCGCCUUGCCCAUCUCCUUCCUCUCGCCCUCCUCGCUACCAGUCAGCUCCCACCUCUCUUCCACCACGGGCAGCCACCCCUACAAGGCCGCCCUCCAGGCCCCCCUCGCGGCCCUCCAGGCCCCCGCCUCACCCCUCUGACCAUGGCUCGCCAGCUCCCGUCUCUACUCUGCCUAAACGCAUGUCUUCAGAAGGACCCCCCCGGAUGUCUCCCAAGGCACAGCGGCACCCGCGAGGCCACCGAGUCCCGGCGGGGAGAGGCGUCAUCUCCAGCGGCUUAGAAUUCGUCUCCCACAACGUGCCCGGCGAAGCCAGCUCCUCCUCGUCCUCGUCCUCCUCUUCCUCCUCGGCCCGAGGCAGCUCUUCAGGUGGGACGUGGUCCUCGGUGGUCAUGGGGGUCACCAGGUCAUCCCCCAAGGCGCACAGACCCCGGUCUCCAAGGCAGAGCAGCGGGGGAGGGCUCCCUUCUGGCCCGGCCUUGUCCUCCCCCCAAGCCGGCUCGAUCCCAGCCGAAUUUGCAGCCGCCCCGUUGCCAGUGGCUUCGCCCACCCCCGCCAGUCCUGCCACCAACAGGGCAAGCACCCCAUCUGCCGAAGCAAAAGACGCCAGGCUCUAUGAGCAGAGGCAGGGCGGCUCCUCCCCGGCUGCAGCCAAGGAGCAUCUCAAGCCCAGCGAAGCUUCUCCCCAUUUUAGCAAGCCGGAAGGCAAAGGAGUUUCUCCAGCUGUUCUAGAACACAGAAAACAGAUCGACGAUUUGAAGAAAUUCAAGAACGACUUCAGGUUACAAUCCAGCUCCAACCCCGAAAUGGUGGAGCAGCUGCUGAGUAAAAACGAAGAGGGUGAAAAAGGCCGGGAGGCCCCCAAGGAGAAGGUGGACCCCACCCCUAAAGACUCGGCGGCCGAGCCGGGCGGCAGCGGGGGCCCCUCAGCCAGCGGGAGCAACCCCCCCAGCAGCCCCCCCAGCGCCUCGCCUGCCAGCAGCAGCCUGGCGGAGCCGAAGGCCGGGCCGGAGGUGACGUCCCAGGGCGUCCAGACUUUGGGCCCCGGGGCCAAGCAGGAGAAGGAGGACAAGGAGGAGAAGAAAGACGCCACCGAACAAGUCAGGAAGUCCACGCUGAAUCCCCACGCCAAGGAGUUCAACCCCCGCUCUUUCGCCCAGCCCAAACCUUCCACCACGCCAACAUCGCCCCGUCCGCAAGCCCAGCCCAGCCCGUCGAUGGUGGGUCACCAGCAACCUGCGCCAGUCUACUCCCAGCCUGUUUGCUUCGCCCCCAACAUGAUGUACCCGGUCCCUGUCAGCCCGGGCGUUCAGCCUUUGUACCCGAUCCCCAUGACCCCGAUGCCGGUCAACCAGGCCAAGACCUACAGAGCAGGUAAAGUGGCCAACAUGCCUCAGCAGCGGCAGGAGCCCCACCCGCAGAACGCCCUCAUGCACCCAGCCUCGGCCGCCGGGGCCCCCAUGGUGGCCACGCCGCCGGCCUACUCGGCCCAGUACGUCGCCUACAGCCCUCAGCAGUUCCCCAGCCAGCCUCUGGUGCAGCACCUGCCCCACUACCAGUCUCAGCACCCCCACGUCUACAGCCCCGUCAUUCCGGGCAACGCUCGGAUGAUGGCGCCGCCAGCCCACCCACAGCCCGGCCUGGUCUCUUCCCCCGCCAGCCAGUACGGGGCCCACGAACAGACGCAUGCGAUGUAUGCAUGUCCCAAAAUACCCUACAGCAAGGAGACAGGCCCUUCCUUCUACUUUGCCAGUGAGUUGGGGGAUCUUUUUGUGUCUGUGUGUGUGUGUCUGUGUUUGUGUACUAACCUCGAUGUUACACAUUGCACGAAUUUUCGGUAAAAGGGGGAAAUCGGACGCUCUUCCCUCCCUUUGCACCAAACCUUCACUUGGCACGUGGAAGUUUAUUUUCCCGCG